AUGUCCCAGCUCUCAUCCACACUGAAGCGCUACGUCGACUCAUCCCGCUAUGCCGAGACCGCCUACAGCAGGGCACCUGCCGGCUACAGCUCCUACUCCUCUUCCUAUGGCUCCACUCUGGCCACGUCCUACAUGGACAGGGACAAGAUGGGCUUCAAAACCAGCCCCGCCAGCGGCUACCUGGCCUCCCCCCGCUACCGUCACACCGGGCUGUCCCCCACCAGCAGCUAUGAGUCCGGACGUCUCUCCUUCUACCCCGACUCUGGCAUCCGCUUGAGCCCCGCGUACGCCCGCAGCCAGUCCCGGACGGCCGGUGGCGGGGGGCUGAGCGGCGGGGGCACCUGCUAUGCCUUCGCGGGGCCCCCCGCCAGCACCCCGAGCUACACGGCCCCCCUCAGCCGCCGCAAAUCCAGCAGCCACUCGGACCUGGCGCGGGAGUUUUCGGGGCUGCACACCUCGGACAGUGGCUACACACCAGCCCCGGGGCCCCUGGCCACCCGCACCCACCAGGAGCUCGGCACCCUCUACCAGGCCGCCGUGCGCUCGGACUACGUUCGCGACUACCUGGACACCUACGGCAGGAAGAGCAGUCACAGCGGCCUCCCCGCCAGCCCCACGCGGGGCAUCCCUGGCUCUGACAUGCCUUCCUCGUCCCCUCGCUGUACCGGGCAGCCCUGCGAGAGGAGCGACAGCGGAAACAGCGCGACAGCCUGGGACGCCUCGAACUCCAAGGUGGUGCAGGGGCUGACCGGCCUGCGCAACCUCGGCAACACGUGCUUCAUGAACUCCAUCCUGCAGUGCCUGAGCAACACCAAGGAGCUGCGGGAUUACUGCCUGCAGAACCAGUACCUGCGGGACCUCAACAACAGCAGCCGCAUGCGCACCGCACUCAUGUCCGAGUUUGCCAAGCUGAUCCAGCUGCUCUGGACCUCAUCUCCCAACGACUCUGUGAGCCCCUCUGAGUUCAAGACACAGAUCCAGCGAUACGCUCCCCGCUUUGUUGGAUACAACCAGCAGGAUGCCCAGGAGUUCCUGCGCUUCCUCCUGGAUGGGCUGCACAGCGAGGUGAACCGCGUGCUUGUGCGCCCACGGGCCACUACGGACACCCUGGACCACCUCCCGGAUGAUGAGAAGAGUCGGCAGAUGUGGAGGAGAUACCAGGAGAGAGAGGACAGCCGGAUUGGGGACCUCUUUGUCGGGCAGCUGAAGAGCUCGCUGACCUGCGGUGAAUGUGGCUACUGCUCCACGGCCUUUGACCCCUUCUGGGACCUGUCCCUACCCAUCCCCAAGAAGGGCUACGGUGAGGUGACCCUCAUGGACUGCCUACGACUCUUCACCAAAGAGGAUGUCCUAGAUGGAGACGAGAAACCGACAUGUUGUCGCUGCAAAGCCAGGACAAGGUGCACAAAGAAAUUCAGCAUCCAGAAGUUCCCCAAGAUCCUGGUGCUUCACCUGAAGCGUUUCUCCGAGGCCAGGAUACGGACGAGCAAGCUCACCACCUUCGUCAACUUCCAGCUGAAGGACCUGGACCUCCGGGAGUUCGCCUCGCAGAGCUGCAACCACGCUGUUUACAACCUCUACGCUGUCUCCAACCACUCCGGCACCACCAUGGGAGGACACUACACCGCCUACUGCAAGAGCCCCGUCUCCAGCGAGUGGCACAGCUUCAAUGACUCCCGCGUCACCCCCAUGUCGUCCAGUCAAGUCCGCAGCAGUGAUGCCUACCUGCUCUUCUAUGAGCUGGCCAACCCCUCGUCCCGCAUGUAGCCGGCCUGGCCGUCCCAGGGAACCCCCACACCGACCACGGCCAUGCGGACAGAGACCCACAU